AUGUCCGGCCGCGAGGAGGCCCUGAAUGGCGCCGCGGCGCGCCUCCGCACGCUGUCGCUGCAGCUCGCGCCGUCGCCGUGCGCCGCGCCCGCCGCCGCGCAGAGCUAUUUCGAGGGCGUGCAGCAGGCGCCCCCUGAUUCCAUCCUCGGCAUUACGGAGGGCUUCCUAGCCGACAAGAGCCCCAACAAGCUCAACCUGGGAGUCGGCGCAUACAGGACCGAGGAGGGCAAGCCGCUGGUGCUGAGCGCCGUGCUCAAGGCGCAGCGCAUCGUGGUGGACGACCGCUCGCGCAACAAGGCGCGCGCACGCGACGAGUAUCAGCCCAUCGGCGGCAACGCCCAGUUCUGCGCCCUCUCCGCCGCCCUGGCGUACGGCCCCGACUUUGAUGGCCUCAGGGACGGCCGCGUGGCAGUUGUGCAGACGCUGUCGGGGACGGGCGCGCUGGCUGUUGGCGGCGCGUUCCUGGCGCGCCACUACGCGGCCAGCAAGCAGGUCUUCGUGCCAAACCCGACCUGGGGCAACCACCACGGCGUGUUUGGCAGUGUGGGGCUGACGGUGAAGACGUACCGCUACUACCACGCCGCCACCAGGGCGCUGGAUUAUGAGGGCAUGCUCUCUGACCUGCGCGCCGCGGAGCCGGGGGCUGUUGUGCUGCUGCACGCCUGCGCCCACAACCCCACUGGCGUGGACCCCACCCCCGACCAGUGGCGCGGCAUCCUGGCGGUGGUGCAGGAGCGAGGCCUCAUGCCCUUUUUUGACAGCGCAUACCAGGGCUUUGCCAGCGGUGAUCUGGACGCGGACGCCGGUGCUCUCCGCAUGUUUGCGUCUGCGCGCCGCCGCGACGGCUCUCCCCAGGAGAUGCUGCUGGCGCAGUCCUUUGCCAAGAAUAUGGGGCUCUACGGGGAGAGGGUGGGCGCCCUCUCUGUCGUCACGCAGUCGCCCGAGGUCAGGAAGCGCGUUGACAGCCAGCUCAAGGUGGCGAUCCGCGUGAUGUACUCAAACCCGCCCAUCCACGGCGCAGCCAUUGCCGCCAUGGUCAUGGCCAACCCGGCGUUGUCGGCAGAGUGGCAGGCUGAGCUGGCGGGCAUGGCCGGCCGCAUCAAGGACAUGCGGCGCGCCCUGGUCGACGCGCUGGCGGCCGCGGGCGCCCCCGGCAACUGGGACCACAUCACAUCUCAGGGGGCGCAGGCUUGGCUGGCUGCCUAG